AUGAAGCAAUAUGAACAGCAACCAUCCAUUGAUGAUUUAGAAGAAGCAAUCAAAUUGCUGCGUGAAAUUCUGCAAAUAGUUCCUCCACAGGAUCAAAAUCGAUCAAACGUUCUCAGUAAUGCAGUGCUUGCUAUCAAACGUCGAUAUGACCGUCUUGGAUCUAUGGAAGAUAUGGAGGAAUCUAUUUCUCUUGGCCGGGAAUCAGUCAAGCUUUGUCCUCUUGGCCAUCCGCGUCGUUCAUCGUCUUUCCACAACCUUGCGCUUGCUCUUGGAAGUCGAUAUGAGCAACUUGGAUCAAAGGAAGACCUGGAAGAAAUAAUUUCACUUCUUAGAGAAUCGCUCAAAAUUGCCCCUACUCCUCAUCCGAGUCGUUCAAUAAUUGUUACUAAUCUCGCAUUUUCCCUGAUAAAUCGUUACUCAGAACAGGGAUCAAUCGAAGAUUUAACAGAAGCCAUAUACUUUGGGCAGGAAUCGCUGAGAUUACAUCCUCCUGGUCAUCCACUUCGUUCAUGGUCGCUCAAAUGCCUGGCAAUUACUCAUCAAAUUUGGCACUACCGCUUGGGAGUAGUGGACGAUUUGGAAAACGCAAUAUCAUUUCAUCGGGAAGCCAUGGAGCUGAUGCCUCUUAAGCACAUGUAUCGCUCCUCCGACCUGUACAAUCUUGCAAAUGCUCUUCGUAUCCGGUAUUCAAAGCAGAAAAAUAUCCAUGAUUUAGAAAAAUCUAUUUUAUUCUACCGUGAAUCACUUAAUUUGCGUCCUGCAGGCCAUCCAGGUCGUUCACUGUAUCUCCACAAUCUCGCAAUCUCCCUGUUAUUUCACUUCGAAUAUGAAAGAAUGUGGGAUGAUUUUACUGAGGCGUUUCAACUUUUUGAACAAGCAGCAUGUGAUGCUACCUCUUUUGUACAACAUCGCUUGUCAUCUGCUAUAUUCUGGAUAAAUUCCGCCCGUGUCAUUAACGAUGAAUCAAUUAAACAUGCUUGUAAAACUGCACUCCAUUUACUUCACCGUUCGCUCAUUUCCCGCGGCCAUGUUGAAGCGCAACAAAGUUACCUCGCCACUACCCAAUCUGCUACUUCAUUGGCAUGCGAAUCAGCCUCCACGAUAAUACCUACUGGGGAUCUUGAAACAGCAGUCGAGUUGCUUGAACAAGGUCGCGCGAUCCUGUGGUCCAAGGCCAAUGUGUACAAAGACCCACUUCAGGAACUCCGCCAGGCCAAUGAAGGGAUUGAAUUAGCUGACCGACUUGAGUCUUUGAAUAUCCAACUCGAGAAGAUAGUAUUGCAAUCCCAGUGA